AGAGGGUGGAUUGUACAGGGAAAGGUCCUGUACGAUUACAAAUAUCUGUCGAGCGAUUGCUUCAUAAACAAAGGCGCAUUACGUCGCAAUCAUUAAGAUUAAGAACGAUACGCUGGCUGCUGGCAAUUGGUUUCCUCGGCUCCUGGAUGCAAUCAAGAUCGUAGACGAGAAGAUGGAGACCCAGCAUUCUGGACAGACUUGGGUACACCUCCGUUUGUUCUACACUGAGACCCUUCUUGGGUAUGACUUGGCAACCCACCUGUUCUGGUCCUUUAUCGCAUGGUUGUCAACAUCCUCAGCAAUGGUUGGAAUAAGACGAUAGCCCCCUAAGAAUGUCAGUUGUAUAACUACAGGAGUCAUGGUUGUCAUUUCUUUCGUGUGCCUCCCGGCACUCAUUGCUUUGUUCUUCCUUGCUGGCAAACAGUCAGUGACGCCGAUCCCGCGGGGUGUCGAAGAGAUGAAUAAGUAUGGAUGCUGCUCUCAGGACCUUGUCUAUUCCUGGGACGUGAUCCCAAAUAUCCUGGAUCAGAUAAACCUUGCCACAAAAGGUCUGGUGGACAUGGAGAUCGAGAAAAUUGCAGACGAAACCCAAUAUAUGCGCUGGGCCAUUGUGCCCCCUCUUCUGCAACACAUUGGGACCACGAGUUCCAAAGGCUAUGGAUUCGAUGACAAUGCUCGGUGGAUAUGGAAUCUUCAAUAUGAAUCGUACUCCGACAGGCAAUAAUACACUGCGAUGAUGCUACGGUGGCUGGGUGGGGUUUUCUGAUUGAGGCAGGUGGUACAAGC